AUGUCAUUGAACAAUGAUGAUUCCGAGUAUGACCCUGUGGCUAAUUUAAACAUGCAACCCGCCAAAGGUAUUCUGAAAUCGACGAAAAGCGUCGACGAUGCUGGUCAAGAUCAUCAACAUGAUGUCAAAGCAGCAAUCAACCAUGCGCCCAAUACGGGAAUGACUCGAUCAGAGAGUAAAAGUCAUAAAAUUCCACAUUUUGACGAGAUGAAUAUCAUCGCAACUUACCAUCCGGCUGAUAAAGACUAUGGGCAUAUGAAGAUCGAAGAACCUAAGACACCGUAUGCGCCAAAUGAUAUUAUCGACGAAGAAGCUGAAUCAGAAACUCCAGGAGUCGAUCCUGCUAAACUCGCUCAAAGAUUAAGUGAAUCAGCACAAUCUUCAACGAAAUUACGCACAGAUCAUAUAACAAGAAGAUCAAUCGAUGAGGAUGUGGAACCGUCAUCUGAUGACAUAGAACAUCGACAAGAAUUCGAGCAUCAUCGCAAGAAACAUUACAACGAAUUCGAAGUUGUUCGUUUGCGUAAAAAGGAAAUCGAAGAAGAACUUCGUGCUCUUGAACGAGAAGAAAAACAAGAAAGUCUUUCCUCAGGUUCUACCGAGCCAGAAAAUGGAAGUGGAGGAAAUGGAACUUUAUCAUCAUCACGCUCAUCUGUUGAUUCGAUCAAACCGAUUCUUGUUCAUCAUCCAUCGAAAGAUUCAACGACACAUCAUCAUCAUGUUCACGUCGAAGAUGAUAAUUCUGACGGACAGAAUUCAACGCCCGAAGAAUUAGAACGAAAAAAACAGUUCGAGCUAAAACGGAAACAGCAUUACAACGAGUUUCGUGCAGCACAUGUCUAUGAAAAUGCAUGA